AUGUACACUAUUCGACCAAAUACCGACUUUGCUGUCCAAAUGGCAGCAUCAUUACAACAAUUACCCUAUCGUUCAGCAUUCUACAUGGCAUCACCAUUUCUCAUCUCGGACUCGAAAACAUCGACGUCAACACCAUUACCGUUACCAGUACAUCUGCCAACAAAGAAUUAUCAUUUGAACAAGCGUAUGAGAAAAAAUGACAAACAUUCUUCGAAAAAACAUCUCAAUAAGCAUCAUAAAGAUUCAUCCACACAACAAUCUUCAAAUUCUACCAAUCGUCCAGUUAAAAAGUCAUCAUUUGAUAUUGAAUCACUGUUGGAAAAGCACAAUACAACCACGUAUAAUGAUUAUCGGUUUAAUACAAGUAUUGGUGGUAAUGAUACGUUCGAUAAUAAUUCAAGUAUUGAUGACCAUAGUGAAACUGUGUCCACUAGCCCAUUUCGUAGUCCAAUAUCAUCGUAUGCAAUUUAUAAUCAAUUAAAAUCACUUCAAGCACCAAGAAUUACACCUUCUGAUAACUCAUGUAAUAGAAAAAUAUUAUCACCAACAUCAUCACAUCAAAAUUGUACAAAACCAAAACGUAUUCGAACAAUAUUUACACCUGAUCAAUUAGAACGUCUUGAAGCUGAAUUUGAAAAACAACAAUAUAUGGUAGGAAAUGAACGAUAUUAUUUAGCGACAUCAUUAAAUUUAUCCGAAGCACAAGUUAAAGUUUGGUUUCAAAAUAGACGAAUUAAAUGGCGACGACAAUCAUUAGAAGAGCAUCAACAUCGUUUAACAUCGUUCUCAAUUGAAUCAACAUCAAAACAUGAUAAUAAUUCAAAAUGUGAUGAAGAUGAUAUUGAAGAGAAUGAUCUUGAUCUUGAUGAAUCCACAGAUGAUGAAAACUAA